AUGUUGAGAGGCACAGCAACUUUCGGCGCUCUCAAGGUUGCUUUAAAUUGCAAGAAGAGAAUGAACGUGAGAGCUGUAGUUCAUAGGGUUUGCUUGAUCAUGGGCUGCUAUUUGGUCGUGGAAAAUGUAGAUUCUCUUUUAACUAUUUGCUCUCGGCGAAGAAAGACUGGGUCUGGGCUUGUCUGUGUGUACAUUAAGUACGUCUCCUGUUGCUUCGCCGUCCAGGACCAAGCAGGAAUGAUGCUAUUGCGCGUAUCACUUCUCUGCAUCGCCGCCUCAUCCUUCCACAAUGCUUAUAGCACCACGCCUCGGCUUUCCAACGAAGAGCCUCUCAAGAAAACAUCAGCAACAAUCAGAGCCGAUGAGGGAGAAGAGCUGGAUAUCAGACUCCCUCGGUCUCUCAGGCCACUUCACUAUGUCAUCAAACUUCAGCCCUUCAUCAACGGCAACUUCAGUAUCCUCGGCUACGUGGAGGUGGAGAUGGAGGUCCUGGAACCGACGUCUAACAUCACACUCCACAUGGCCGACAUCAUCACUAAAAAUGACACUGUCAGGGUUUUCUCACUGAAUGAGAGGGCAGUUGUGGGCAUCAAGGAACAGCACUACGACCCCGAGCGCCAGUUCUACAUCGCCCACCUGGAGAAGCAGCUGGAAGAGGGCGAGAAGUACGUACUGUCAAUGGACUUCCUCGGUUCCCUCGGCGAUCUGCUUCAUGGCUUCUACAAAUCGGCCUACAAAGACAUCGACGGAACUACAAAGAGAGUGGCCGCGACAAUGUUCCAGCCCACGGACGCCCGCCGCGCCUUCCCGUGCUUCGACGAGCCGGCCCUGAAGGCGACCUUCGAGGUCCACCUGGCGAGGGAGACCUGGAUGACGUCACUCUCCAAUAUGCCCCUCGCCGAGACGCGACCUGUCGAAGGUCAGGAGGGCUGGGUGUGGGACCGCUUCGAGAGGAGCGUCCCCAUGUCCACCUACCUCGUCGCUUUCGUCGUCUCAGACUUUUCUCACGUGAAGUCUAGCAAGGACGGCCACGUGCAGUUCAGAGUUUGGGCGCGAAGAUCGGUCAUAGAUCAAGCAAAAUACACAGCCUCCAUUGCGCCCAAGAUUUUGAACUUCUACGAGAAGUACUUCAACAUUCCCUUUCCUCUCCGGAAGCAGGACAUGAUUGCUCUGCCAGAACUGUCAGUGCAAGCCAUGGAAAACUGGGGCCUCAUUACUUCCAGAGAAGAUACUCUCCUGCACAAUCCCCGCGUCUCUACGCUGGCAAACAAAGCAAAUUUAGUUCAAGUUAUAUCCCAUGAACUCGCCCACAAUUGGUUCGGUAAUCUGGUGACGCCGACGUGGUGGGAAGGACUCUGGCUCAGCGAGGGAUUCGCUACGUACCUUGGCAAUCUUGGGAUGGAUUACGCAGAACCAACGUGGAAAGUACUGGAAACAUUGCUUAUUGAAACUUUGCAUGGGGUAAUGAACAUGGACAGCCUUGCGACCUCACGCAAGAUCAGCUUCCCUGUUGGUCGUCCUGAAGAGAUCAAAGAUAUCUUCGAUGUUGAUAUUGUAACUAUGCUUCCAGGAGCCUCCAUCAUUCGGAUGAUGUCACACUUCCUCGGUGAAUCAACUUUCAGAAAGGGAUUAACUAAUUUUCUGGGUUCUUUUAAAUACACAAACGCGGAACAAGAUGACCUUUGGGAGCAUCUGACAGCUGUGGCUCACCAAGAUGGCACUCUGCCUCGGAACGUCACUGUGAAGACGAUCAUGGACACGUGGACGUUACAGAAGGGCUUUCCUGUCAUCCAGGUGUCAAGAAGUAUGGAGGGUACCUCCGCCACCAUUAGUCAGGGACAUAUCCUACAAUUGUCACCAGAAGGGCGCAACAUUUCCAACACGCACGAUUCGAAAUGGUGGGUUCCCCUGACCUACACUUGUCGAAACCAAGCUAAUUUCAAUCGCACUCAAGCCAUGGUGUGGAUGAAGGACUCCGAGGACAGCAUCACCAUCACGGCUCUUCCCCCGAAGGACCAGUGGGUCAUCUUCAACCUGCAGGAGACGGGCUACUACAGAGUCAGCUACGACGACCACAACUGGGGCCUCCUCAUCCAGCAGCUGAGGGACGACCACGAGGUCAUCCACGUCAUCAACCGUGCACAAAUCAUUGAUGAUGCUAUGAAUCUUGCUCGAACUGGUCACCUCAACUACACCAUUGCCUUAGACGUGUAUUCCUACCUAUGGAAGGAAACAGCAUUCCUACCUUGGCUUACGGCAAUGAAUAAUCUCCAUUACAUAACCAGGAUGUUCAAGGGCAAAACUGGAUUUGGCGCACUCAAGCAUUACCUCCUGGCAUUGACUCUACCGCUGUACAAAGCUGUCGGAUUCGAUGACAAUUCCGAAGACCCUUACCUGCUGAAGGCGAAGAGGAGGCUGGCCGUGGAGUGGGCUUGCGAUCUGGGCCACGGGCACUGCCUCCAACAAGCGCGCGCUCUCUACCGCCGCUGGAUGCUCGACCCGGCCAAUGAGAGCAUCAUUUCUCCGGACAUCAAACCGACGGUAUACUGUCACGCCAUCGCCGAGGGCGGGGAGGCCGAGUGGGACUUCGCGUGGAGGCGGUAUCUCGAGACCGACGUUUCUACGGAGACAAGCGUCCUCCUUGAUGCCCUCGCCUGCACCAAGGAGACCUGGAUUCUGGCCAGGUACCUCGAAAUAUCCCUGGACCCAAAUACCCACAUGAAGAGGCAGGACGUGGCAUUUGUUCUCAGCUACAUUGGAAGAAACGAAAUGGGUCGCCAUCUGGUGUUAAACUACCUCAAUGAACACUGGAAUAAAAUUUAUCCCUACCAGAAGUUAAUGAGAGGCGAGUUACUGAAUUUGGCAACACGUGAUUUUAAUACAAAGACGGAUCUUAAAAAUAAUCCAGGGGCCGGACACUCAAAACAGUUUACAGUGUUGUAUCUCACCACAGAGCCGUUACAAUAUCGCAAGGCCUCCGAAGGCCAUACUCGAAACAAAAUUAGCCGCCAUGUUAUGAUGUUACAACUGCUCUGGGGCUCUCCUAUGGGUUUGAAACCGGAUAUAGUACGUUACCGCCUCAGUUUAGCUUCGUCUUCGCUCGAGGAAACACGGCACGCCGAGACGCCCAGUGCAGGACACAGGUGGAACACUGUUACUGUGUUCAUAUUUACUUACCAGAAGCACUGA